AUGGCGAUCGAGCUUUGCGGCAUAUCAUUGACAGCAGACGCCAUUAAAACGAAGUUCUUGGACAUGGAAGAAAGCGGAAAUGGUGGCGACAACAGAGCCUUCAAUUCCAGUGACAUUUUGUUAUCAUCUGAAAGUGCUGGAAAGGAUGUGAAAAUGAUUAAAAAUAACCUCUCUGGUGAUAACAGUGAGAGGCAACCUGGUAUUUCGGAACCAAUGGACAUUAAUGCAAUACAAAAUAAGUUUAAAAAGCGUUUCUUUUAUCGAUGUGGUGACGACUCACAUGCUGCGGAAUGA